AUGCUGCUCUCACCUCAACGCCCUGAUCCGACCUACCGAGGGGUGAGAGAGACAAGUGAAGCAAGUCGAAGAACAAGACGUUCCACUGCUGAUGCAACAGCACCCUGUCUCGGCCUCGGCCUCGCUGUCAGCUUUGGGUCAACUGAACGGACGACAUGCAAGCCUCAGAAAAGUCAGGACCAGUUGAUAAGCACAUAUCGCGAGAUAAGGCUCAAAGAGGAUGGGUUGGGUGAAUGCAAUCGGUUGUUCAGACGAAAUUGGGUGCGCCCGAGUGCUGGCUUGCCGGAGGGUAGAAAAGUUGUUGUCUGGCGUCAGUUUGUAGAGCCGGCCGUGGAGGUGACGUUGCCCUGCGUCGUCCAAGUGGCCAACGGCCAGGAAGGGUCGUCUAGGGGUGCUUUGGGUCGAGGCCAGAUUGACGCGAUCCGUGCGAAUGGUGACGAUGAGGACACAUUUGCCGGAGUUGGUGAAAAACGGUUUCAGCAAGUAGGUCAACUUGGAGUCGCGAUAGGAGACGUUCAUGGGAUCCUGGUUGCGCAGGGAGACAAAGACCCGAUUGAGGGCGGUCAGCGACCGAUUGAUGUAGCCGGCCUCCUUGGCCAGCGUCGGGUCGCCCAGAGUGUCGGCUUUGAUGAUGUCCUCGAAGCCGGCCAGAUCGCACAGGGCCAACACGCUGCAGUACUCGUUGUCGUGGAGGCGGGAGCGUGA